CCGGCGCUGUCAAAGUUGAUCACCGGGCGGGCGGGCGCUGCGCUGCGAUGGAGCGAAGAGCGGCAACAGCGGCCGCCAGGGAAGGCGGAGGAAGGGGGAGAUUAACACGGCCCUGGCUGGCACAGCGGCGCGGCUGAUCUCCCCAUGCAGUGAAGGGGGAGCGAGCGGAGAGGGGGAGGGAGGGAUGCUGCUGCAGCUGCCAGUGCAGCGCUGGUAAAUCUGCUGGUCAGCCCUUCGGAGGAGCAGCCGCCGCCCGCUGGCGGCUCUUGGAGCGGGAGGAGUCGAGGCGCUUUCUGCUAGUUGCCUCCCUGCUGCUGCGGGGGCUUUAGUGGCUGUUUACCCCCCUCGGCUGACUUUUCUCCCAGCCCCCCAGCGUAACCUCGGACCCUCCUCCUCCUCCCUUCCCCGCGAGCUUCCAAACAUGAGCAUGUCUGUUUUUACCUUAUAAAGAUGGCGGUGUGGGAUCACUGCAACCUUUAGACUAAUGACUGUCAGAAACAUCGCCUCCAUCUGUAAUAUGGUUCUGCAAGAACAGUUACAUGCAGUUGCCAGCUUCUUUCCAUGUGGUGCCCCAGCAUGCCCUUUGCAGGUGAUGUCACACCCACCAUUCAUCAGCACUGGAGAAUGGAGCCUGCCUAUAGGGGCACCAAUGCCUCUGCUCUGGAAAAAGACAUUGGUCCAGAGCAGUUUCCAAUCAAUGAACACUACUUUGGGUUGGUCAAUUUUGGGAACACCUGCUACUGUAACUCUGUGCUGCAGGCAUUGUAUUUUUGCCGGCCAUUUCGGGAGAAUGUGUUGGCAUACAAGGCCCAACAGAAAAAGAAGGAAAACCUCUUGACAUGCCUGGCAGACCUUUUCCACAGUAUUGCUACUCAGAAAAAAAAAGUUGGAGUGAUUCCACCAAAGAAGUUCAUUUCAAGAUUACGAAAGGAGAAUGAUCUCUUUGACAACUACAUGCAGCAAGAUGCACAUGAAUUUUUAAAUUACUUGUUAAACACCAUUGCAGACAUCCUGCAGGAGGAGAAGAAGCAGGAAAAGCAAAAUGGGAAACUAAAAAAUGGAAACAUGAAUGAAGCUGAAGAGAACAAUAAACAAGAACUCACCUGGGUGCAUGAGAUUUUUCAGGGAACACUGACUAACGAAACUAGAUGUUUGAACUGUGAAACCGUUAGUAGCAAAGAUGAGGAUUUUCUUGACCUUUCUGUUGACGUGGAGCAGAACACAUCCAUUACGCACUGUCUAAGAGACUUCAGCAACACAGAAACAUUAUGUAGUGAACAGAAGUACUACUGUGAAACUUGCUGCAGUAAACAAGAGGCACAGAAAAGGAUGAGAGUAAAAAAGCUGCCAAUGAUCCUUGCAUUGCACCUCAAGAGAUUCAAGUACAUGGAGCAGUUACACAGGUACACCAAACUCUCUUACCGUGUGGUAUUUCCUCUGGAGCUACGUCUCUUCAACACAUCCAGCGAUGCAGUCAACUUGGAUCGCAUGUAUGAUUUGGUGGCUGUUGUCGUUCACUGUGGCAGUGGACCUAAUCGUGGGCAUUAUAUUACCAUUGUGAAAAGUCACGGAUUUUGGCUUUUGUUUGAUGAUGACAUUGUAGAGAAAAUAGAUGCUCAAGCUAUUGAAGAAUUCUAUGGUCUGACCUCUGAUAUAUCAAAAAAUUCAGAAUCUGGUUAUAUUUUAUUCUAUCAGUCAAGAGAGUGACUUGGAGGACUGUGAAAUGCUGCAAGUGGAGAAAACUGAUCAGCACUGUUAACUGACUUUUACACAGAGCACAUCCUGAAUAGCCGAACAAUGAUCUAUCUUCUAUUAAAUGGUUUAUGUGUUCUUGACUAUAACCCUUCAUUUCUGACGUGCAGCACUUUUUUUUUUUUAAGUAUGACUCUGAAUGAAUUUCAGUCAGCUCUUAGUAAAAUUUAUAUGGACUAACAUUUACAGAUAAUAGGAUUUGGGGUCAUCUGUUAAAUCCAGCUGAGCUAGAAUAGUAUUUUCUAUGGAAGUGUGCAUUAUAUUUAGGGCAAAUUGUUUAAACUUUCUAAUUAGCUUUGGGAUAUCACUUUAUGAAGCAUUCCUUUAAAUAUGUACUAAUAUGUAUUGUAAUCUAUUUAAUAACCAUUGGAAUUGUGGCUGCAUAGGGGAUUUUGUCAUGUUACUCUCCACCGCUAGAAAGAUAUUCUUCUCAAAUCCUUUGAGCUUUGGGUUAUUAAAAACUUAAAAUGGGUAACUUCAAGACUAUAAUUCACAUAAAGAGAUUUAAAUCACAUUGGAGCAAACUCAUACAAUGUGUCCAGUCUUCCUGUUUAUCCUGAUGAGAGAGCACAAAUAAGCUGAGCUGGUCAUUUUGAUUCUAAAAGCCACAGAGGCACUGAGGGUUUUGUUGGGAAAAGUGGAGGGAGAGGUUCCUCACAUGAAGUACUUUUCUAAGGAGUGAUCUUAUGUUUUUGCCAAAAAGAAUAACAGAACGUGUGUGUGCUUAUUGAAUUUGCAGAUAUUCCAAUAUUGUGCGUACAAAACAUCUCCUUCAUCAGAGCUAGUAUUACACAGUCUAGUUAAGUAAUAUUAUUGAUACAAUAUCUAUCAUUGGGCUCAGUCUCGCAAUGUGCUGAGCACCCACCGCUCCAAAUGACAUCAGUGGCAACUAUAGGUAUUUGGCACCUAGGACAAGGCCCACUGCUUAUCAAUGUAGAAACCUGUUGUGUAAUAAUCCGUAGUUUACACCUGCAGUAUGUAUUGACCAUACUCAGCAUCAGCAGUCAUGUUUGUCAACAUCUCAAUCACUGUGGUAUCAGAAAGGUUCAAGAGUACAUGGUUCUAGAGAUAUCAAAAGGCAUAAUGUGACUGUUCAUGUUUUACUUUUCAAACCUGGUUGUCACUGGUCAUGUUCUUGCUAAUAAAUUGCUAUAAAGUAAUACUGGAAAUACUUGGCAAGAAAGGAGAGUAAGAGGAAGUAUCAAUAGGGCAUGAGAAGGGAUUGAUAGUGUGUUGAGAGUAAUUUUCUGUCUGACAGCUGACUUGGUAGAUUUGACAAUAAUAUUUCACCAUUUAGUGUAUGGACGUUAAGGAUCGAAUCCUGGUCUCAUUGAAGACAAUUGGUAAAACUACCAUUAUCUUCAAUAAAACCAUGAUUUGGCCCUACUAGAGGGGGAGGAGAGAAAGAGAGGGGGAGGAAUUCUAGAAAGAUUGAAGCAUCGUCAUCUCACAGUAUUUACUGUUACAUGUUUUUAACUUUUUGUAAAUUUAUUAGAAAGUGUCACUUUCAGUCCUUUUUUGGAAGUCCAACUGUAGUUUUGUCGCUGAGCUUUUUAUUUCAACAAAUAUUGUUUAAAACCAAUGUUGAAUCUGAUAGUUCUGUUUCUCUUGGGAGAGUGGGGGGAAAAAAAACAACCUCACUUGUGUUACAAUCUACUUUGAAAGUGAAAUUGUUUUUAUUACGUUUUAGUGAGCAUGCAAUGUUAGCCUCUGGUAUAACAUGGUUUGAAAUUUAUUUGGAAUUAUAAGUGGCCAUUUUAUAUCAGUGGCCAUAUACUAAGAAGUAUAGCACUUUACCUUGGAAGAAAAACAAAACUGGAUUUUUCAUCUUCAAAGAUUUGUGAAUUAUUUAUUAUGCUAGUGUAUUGAUCCAACAGAUCAGACACAGGAUCUAAUCCUACAACUCUUCUUAUGCGAGUAGUCCAAGUGUUCUAAUGGGACCAUUCACAUGAGUAAAGGUUGGAGGAUUGAGUCCAAAGAAGUGCACUUUUUUCGUUUACUCACAGUGGGAUGGGAGUUUUACCAUAGAGGACUAUGAUGUUUCUUAAUUUUAGAACUGGCCUAAUAAGAGGCUUCAACAAUCUCUGAAGUCCAUUGACUUUAAUGGAGCUGGAUCAGGCCCUAAAUUCUGUAAAAUCACUUGUCUUCUUUAAUGGAAUAUUUCUGAACAUUCACAUCUUUCGAUUUAAUAAAUGUGGCCAUCUUUUGCCUGGGAAGUGAGACUGUAUUCUGGUUGUGAAUAAAUGCACUUUUUAGAUCAGAGUUAACCAAGGUCAGACAAACAUUCUGUACUUUGCAAUUUGCUGCCAUACAUAUUUAGGAUGUGUGUGAAACUUUACAACAAAACAAAAAGAAAUAGCAAUGUAUGACUUGUGUUCGGGACUGAUGUUUGUAUAAAGAACAAUUGUACAUAAAGAAAUUAUUUUAAAAUGUGUCAGAUUCUAGGAAAUGGUUUUUGUGUUAAUAAAGUUUGGGUAUUGCAGCAAUAGUUAAACACUAACAUCUAAGAUUCAGCACAUGCAAAUUUUUGUUUUUCCCAGGCUGCAAGACAAGACUUUACGUUGGAUAAUAAAUUCAGAUAAUUACAAUUUGUUCCCUGACUGUACAAUUAUUAUGGCAGGCUUUUUUCAUACUUUAUGGGUUUAAAAAAAAAAAAAGUCCAUCAACAUUUCUGUGUUACAUUAGGGGGACCCAGAGGAGUUAGAUGUAAGUGCUGCAGGGUUGUUAAAUAGAGGGUUUUGCUAAUUCAAGAAAAGAUUUACAGUAAUGAUGUAACACGAGUA